AGUACAACGAGGUUAUUGAAGUAUGUUGUUUGAAACAUGAUUUUCAAACUCUGGUUGAUAUGGACAACACAGUUGUAACUGAUGGUGGUUUGAACCUCAGUAGAGGCCAGCAAGCAAGAAUAAAUUUAGCAAGAGCAAUUUACAGAGAAAGCGACAUCUACCUGCUGGACGACCCUUUAGCGGGCCUAGACGUUCGAGUACAGGAAGCCAUUAUCAGCAAUUGUCUGAAAAACUUUCUUAAGAACAAGAUCGUUAUCUUCGUGACCAACAACCUCGAUCACUUAAAAUACGCAAAGGAAAUAAUUAUCAUUGAUAGGGGUGAAGUUAAAAUCAAAUCAGCGACUGAUGAAGUACCGGUGGGGAUUAUUACUAAAACUAACUGUUUGGAAGAAAACCACGUUCACAAUAACGAUGUGUCUCUUCAUGAAAUUUCUAGAAAUAUCUAUCACGAGGAGAAACAGAUGGGGCACGUAGAUUUUACGCAUUAUGUGAAGUAUAUCAAGUUUGGUGGUGGAGUGGUAAUGUUUACUUUUAUUUUUGGAAUUUUUGUGAGCGCCCAGUUCACAGAGAGCUACUCCGAGAAACUUCUUUCUAAAUGGGUAGAUCAUCAACAUGAUUCAUUAAAUAAUUCUUCAACAAAUACCACAGUACUUAUUGAUGAAGAGAAGAAGACAGCACAAUCUGUCUUUAAUCUUUAUAUGAUCAUGAUAGGACUAUCAACUGGUCUAGAUUUGAUUAAAGCUUGUGCCUUCCUGACAUACUGUAGGAAUGCUUCUAUAAAGUUUCAUAAAACGCUGUGUCGCAGUAUUAUAAAUUGUGUCAUAACAUUUCUGGACAAUCAUUUUAUAGGAAAUAUACUAAACAGAUUUUCCUAUGACUUGGAUUUGAUUGACGAACUAUUUCCAUUUUUGUUUAUGGAAAUAAUCAAGAACAGUCUUGCUGUAGCUGGAGUACUCGUGUUGGUUAUUAGUGUAAACAAGAUCUUUUUAUUCAUAUCUAUUUUUAUGAUUGUACUCUUGGUAUUAUUGAGGACUUUCUACAUCCCUGCAGCCAGAGCAUUGACAAGAUUAUCUGCUUUAAUACUAUGGGGUACCUUAUUUCUACAUGUGGGACUCAAUAGAAGCAGACCGACUAACCCUUGCAGUAAAGCUGGAGGGAAUCCCCUAACAACACUGAGAACAUUAACAGUGCAAGAUCCCAGGGGCCACCCCAAAGGGAUCUUCCAAGGGAACCUCCUCUUGCGGGCUACACAACUCGCUGAGAGUAGAUCUCAGCGAAGCAGGGUACGGAGAUACUCCGACUGCUCGACGAAGGAUUUGCUCCAGAAGAAAGGAAAAGCGAAAACACUUCUCGAAAAAGGGAGA